AUGGCUGACGCCUUCGACUUCGACCCCGACAUGCAGCUUGUCGUUAAGGUCGUCCCAGAGGACCAGGUGGACCUCACUCCAGAAGAGCUGGAGAAGGAGGUCCCUCCACGGGUUCUCCAUCCUCAUGAUCCACACGCUCCCGACAAUACCGCCGAGUUUUCCUUCAAGGACAGAUCGUAUAAGGUUGAUACAGAAGUGGAUCACACAGCAUGGCAUCUUGCAGUGGACGGUGUUCUGAUGCUGUCCGAUUCCCCCGAGGCACGAGAGGAGGAAGAUGCGCGACAGCGGAAGGCCAAAGAGCAGGAGGCCAGGGACAGCACUGAGGCUGUGGAUGUCUCUAUCGAGGCAAUUGAGGGAGAUCCGGAUCCGGCAGCUAACACGCUGAGGAACCAAUUCCACUUCGCUGAUCGGGGUUCCCAGACCAAGAAUGGCAUUAUUCGAGACCGGGGCAUCAGCACUGAACCUCCUUCGAACACAUCACACAACGAGACGGUAACUCUUUGGUCUAUAUAUGAUCACUAUAUGAAGGAUAUCGAGGCUACUAAGGACAAAGCUGACGGUACUCGUAAGUUGACCAACGAGGACAUGAUUGAUACCAAGAAGCCUGUACGACAGGCCGACUCCCUCUACGGUGACUCCAUGCGGCUCGCCAUAAAGAUUAUGGAGCGUAUGAUAAACCACAACACAGAGAGCGACAUUUACAGCGACCUCAAGUAUUGGGAGGAUCGCUCUGAUGACUACCGCGAUGGUCAUGGCACUCUCCUGCCUUUAUGGCGAUUUGCCACUGAGAAAGCGAAGCGGAAGCAGGUUACCUGUAUCCGCUGCAACCCCAAGUACGCAGAUCUCUUUGCAGUGGGGUUCGGCUCCUAUGACUUCCUCAAGCAGGGGUCUGGGGUUAUCUGUUGCUAUUCUGUGAAGAACACCCGCUUUCCUGAAUACGUAUUCAACACCGAGUCGGGAGUCUGCUGUCUAGACUGGCACCCUUCCCAACCUGCUAUGUUGGCCGUGGGACUUUACGACGGCACUGUACAGGUCUACGAUGUGAGGGCUAAGCUGCGCAGACCACUGUACCAAAGUACCAUCAGAACUAACAAACACACUGAUCCUGUAUGGGAAGUCCAUUGGAAUGAUGAGGAUUCCGCUGGAGUGCUCAACUUUUUCUCAAUCUCGGCGGAUGGGCGUAUAAGUAUCUGGAGGUUGAUGAAGGAUAAGCUCGAGUCCGAGCAGCUGCUGCAGUUGAAGAUGGCUGUUGCACCCUCGUCCGGGGUUGAGAAGAAAGAGAGAUUAGCUGGAGGUCUCUGUUUUGAUUUCAACGCUGCUGUCGAUCAUCUAUUCCUGGUCGGCACUGAGGAGGGGAAGAUCCACAAGUGUAGCAAGGACUUCGCCGGACAAUACCUCGCCACAUACGAGGGCCAUACUAUGGCUGUGUAUACCGUACGAUGGAAUAAUUAUCAUCCUAGGAUAUUCAUAUCAGCUAGCGCGGAUUGGACUGUGAAGCUCUGGGAUCACACUCAGGAGUCCUGUUUGGUUUCUUUCGAUCUUGGGCAAGCAGUCGGCGAUGUGUCCUGGGCACCGUAUAGUUCCACGGCCUUCGCAGCGAUCACCUCGGACGGUAUAGUGCAUUUCUAUGAUCUGUCAGUCAACCGCAACGAACGUAUUUGCUACCAGAAGGUAGUGCGGAAGGCAAAGUUAACGCAUAUCAUGUUUAAUACGACUGAUCCUAUCAUAUUCGUGGGGGAUGAUCGCGGUGGUGUGAAUUGCCUGAAACUCUCUCCAAACCUCCGGAAGUUCUGUGUGGUGACACAGCAGGAGGAGGGUGUGACACGAGAAGAAUUGGAGAUCAGGAAGAUGAACAAGUACUUGGAGAUGACCGCUAGCCCACAGAAGGAGUCUGAUGUGGGUGCUGAGGUUGGCGCAUGA